AUGGCUCGCCAAUCCAACACAAAUGCGACAUCCACGACGACGACGCCCCACCGCAACGUUAUCGCCGUCGUCGAGAUUAACUCGUCGCCUGAACCUGAAGAUAUCACCCCUCUCGCCGGACCUUCCUCGACGCCCGCGAGACCCCGCCCUCGACCGCGUGCCGUCGCUCGUAAAGCCCAACCUCAACCUCAACACCAACAAUCUCAGAGCCAGAACAAAGGAAAAGGAAAAGCGAUAGCGCGGACGCCGUCUAUCAUCGAAUUGAGCGAUUCGUCGGAGGAGGAUGAUGAGGUAGAAGAGAUUGUUGGUUUCACCGCUACUACAAGAGCGACUACGACGACUACAAGAACGACUACGACUACGAGUACGACAGCGACGAGACGAAUAACGCGUUCGACCUCACGACAACCGCCUCCUCCGCCUUCCACGCCAACCGCGAGAGAUAAAGGAAAGGGGAAAGGCAAAGCGCGCGCACCAUCCGUGCGCUCUAACGCGCUUUCGCCUGUCCUGUCGAAUACCCCAGUUGCAGCAGGAGGAUCAUCGCAGCCUCAGCAGCCCCAGCCGCUGUUCUUGCCUACCAGUAGCGAUGAGGAGAACGUCCCUCCCCUUCUUCCUCCUGCUUCUUCAACCCCGGGCGCUUCAACGACGACGACGACGGGUGCGAGACGCGGUUCGGUGGUUGGACGCACGGCUUCGGUUGAGGAAGUCGGGUCGGGGCGACGUGUUGCGCCGCUUCCGCGUCGUGCGUCUGGGAGGGUUCAGCCCGCCCCAGCUCCUGCUCAACCGCAACCUCAACCUCAAGUGCACCAACAACAGCAGGGACAACCUCCUCAAGCCCAGCCCGACGAGAUAGUCCCGAAGGCUACCCGCAAUGGCGAUGACGAUGAAGACGGGGAUGGGGAGGAGCUCUGGCACGACGCGCUCACGUCUCCUAUUUUGCAGCCGCAGGUUCUGGGUGGGGAUGAGGGACCGCGGGAUGAGGAUUUGUAUGGCGAGGAUGGGGAGGAUGAGGUGGUUAUUAUCGAGGAGGAACCCAUGGAGCGGCGCCGAGGACGAGGACAGGCUGGGCUCCCAGAGGGCCAAGCUAAUGUUGAUCAAAAUCGACUUCAGCCUCCACACAACGCCGCCGAACCCGUCGAACUGCAGCAACCCGAUGCCGCACGCCAGCAGCCCAACGUCGAACCUCAACCUCAACCGCAACCUCAACCUCCGCCUCAACCUGAACCUCUGCCUCAGGCCGAAGAAGAAGACCCCCUCACACACGCACACCUCUCCAUCCUCGAACUCAUACCCGACAUCGAGCCCGACUACCUCUAUGCUCUAAUAACGGAGCAUAUGCCGACGUAUGGACGCGGAGGUGUGGUGGAGUACGUGGUGAACUGGUUGUUUGAGAAUCCUGGGUAUCCGAGGGUUGAGAGGGGGGCUGGGGGGAGUGGGUCGAAGGCUGAGGGAUCGAAAGGGAAGGGGAAGGCAAGGGAUGGAGGGGGAGAAGGAUCAGAGAAAGCCAAAGGAAAGCGCCGAGCUGAUACCGGAGAGGGCGUCGAAGGCGGAAGUCCGGGAAAACGACGCCGACUCACCCACCACCACCGCCACCACCACCAUCACCACCACCUCGACGAAGACGAAGCGGAUGUGGGUGUAGACGACCCGGAAGGGUUUCUUAACCCUUCUCGACCUUUUCCUUCGGGCAGGGACUAUGCGGAUUUGGCUAUCCAAGCGCUUCAGAACGACUUCCCGUUUAUCCCGGUUCCGUAUUUGAGGAGGGUGUUGUUUGAGGGUGGGGGUGGAGGGGAUGGUACUAAUCGAGCGGGUGGUGCUAGUCGAGCUGGAGACUUUGUGGAUGGAGGAGGACGGGAGGUUGGGGAUGGAAGCCAGGAGCCGAUAGACGUCGAUAUGGACGUCGACAUGGAACGCAACACCGAGAACGCGAAUGGGAAUGGGAGCACAGGAGGCUACGCCAAAGCUUUCACCUUCCUCACGCUUCAGGAAUCGAGGAUCGUAGCGGCGGGAGGACACGAGCUUGUGAAUGAGUCUGGGGGGUUGCCGUAUGUGCGAAAGACUAUUCCUUCCGACCCUGCGAAGCCUGUAGGAUCGGGAGGAGGCGGAGGAGGAGGCAGAGGCGGUAGUGCUGGUGGUAGUGGUGGUGGUGGUGGUAGUGGGAGUAAAGCGAAAGCGAAGAGUAAAGGGAAAGGAAAGAAGAGGGCGUUGGAGGACGACGUGUUCGAGCGGGAGAGGGCGUUUGUUGAGCGGUGGAAAGCUGCUUUUGAGCGUCGUGGUAGCCGUGGUGGACCAGGAAACGGGGGUAACGGCGCUGCGGGAGGAAGCGGCCCUGGUCAAGGAGGCAGACGAGGUCACGGUGAUGGCGAUGACGAUGAUGAACAAGAGGAAGCAGAGGAAUUCAACGAACAAGCAUUCCUCGCGUCCCUCGAGAACGACCAUCUGCCCUCUGAGCAGAACCCGGAUGACCCUUCGUUGGUCGAGUGUCAGUGCUGUUUUGGGAUGUUUUUGUUUGAGGUUAUGACGCAGUGUCCUGAAGGUGCGUACUAG